GCGCGAUAAAAUGGCCGCCCGGCUCAAGCGAAGCCGGAAGUGCGCGGUGGAAUAUUAGCUUGCGCAGAUCCUUCCUCUCAGGAACGCGCACAGCUGCAUGAAUGUCUCACCUGUGAUGGAUUUAGAAGACGCUUUGAAGCUCGUCGGAGAGUUUGGGCCCUACCAGAAACGAGCGGUGGCUGUCCUCGUCCUGACUCAGGUGUACAUGGCCUGUCAGUCCAUGCUCAUCGUCCUGGUUGGUUUUACACCGGAGUACCGCAUCGAGCAUCAGCAGCAGGACGGCGUCCCUGUGAGCCAGCACGUCACCUUUACAGAGAACGUCGACUCCAUCGUGACUGAGUGGUUCCUCAUCAAGCAGCAGGCCUACAAGGUCAGCCUCGCCGGGUCGCUCUUCUUCGCCGGGCUCCUAAUCGGGAACGUCGUCUUUGGGCCUCUCUCGGAUAAGAUUGGCCGGAGACCCGUUUACCUGACAGGCCUGUUCUUUGAGGUCGUCUUCGGCUAUGUGACCGCCUUUGCGCCCAGCUAUGAGGUCUUUGCUGCCUCUCGUUUCCUGGUGGGGCUGAUGAACGGCGGCAUCGGACUCGUUUGCUUCGUCCUCACGCAGGAGUACGUGGGCAAGUCCUACUGGGCCAUGACGGGGACGCUGACCAGCAUGACGUUUGCCGUCGGCAUCGCCCUGUUCGGCGCCCUGGGCUACUUAAUCCAGCCGUGGAGGAGCUUGGCGACGGCGGCCAACUCGUCCGGCGUGCUCUUCUUCCUGCUGUCUGUCACUCUUCCAGAGUCCCCUCGUUGGCUGUACUCCCAGGGCCAGGCGGAGCGAGCUGAGGAGGUCCUGCGUUUUAUGGCGAGCAGGAACGGCAACGCCGUGAAGCACCUGAUGCUGCAGCGCGUUGGCGUCUCUAAAGCCGGUAACCACAAAAGCCGAGGCGCCGGCGUCCUGCAGCUGAUCAUCCACCCGGUGCUCCGCCUGCGCACGAUGGUGCUCAUGUAUGUGUGGUACGCCUGCAGUCUGGUGUACUACGGGCUGACUCUGGGGGCCGGCGAGACGUCUGGUAGCCGUUACGUUAAUGUGGCGAUGUACGGCCUCGUGGAGCUGCCGGCAUACCCACUCUGCAUAUACUUCAUCAACAAACACUGGGCUGGGCGGAGGAAAAGCAUGGCAAGCUUCCUGUGCCUGGCUGGCUCCGCCUGCCUCUGCACCACCUUCAUUCCUGAAAAUGCAGGAGCUUUGCUGAGUGUGACGUCGUUGGCGCUUGUGGGAAAACUGAUGGUCAGCGCAGCGUUCAACAUCGCCUACGUCUACACGUCCGAGCUCUACCCCACAGUCAUCAGGAACGCUGGGCUGGGAGUUUGUUCCAUGUCCUGCAGAGUUGGAGGAAUCCUGGCACCGUUCGUUCCUUCCAUGCGGGCCCUCCAUACCUCCAUGCCCUUCACCGUGUUCUGUCUGAGCGGCCUGUCGGCGGCCUGUUUGGGCCUCCUGCUGCCGGAGACCCUGAACAGACCAGCAGCAGAGACGCUGGAGGAGCUGGGCAGCCCGGGGCUCGGCCAAGUGCUGGAGAGCAAGCCUCUGUUGUAUGAAGAUGAAAGCUGUGCAUCGACCCACAAAUGAAGCCGGCGGCCUCGUCUUCAUCGCUCAGAACCGCAAACUGUCCCGUUAAUUAACGGUUUCUGAGCCGUCGUUCACUGCAGGAAGCGAAAACGCCGUCAGCUGACCUCGUAGGAAGACGCAGCGUCGCGGUCGAUUCCUGAACGCUGCGGUGGCGAAUUUAGAGACCGAGGACUGAGAGUCAUGAUCCGCUUUACAUUCCAGAUCCUGGGAAUUUAACAAGAGGGACCAAAAACCUUUGACAGCUCCUGAAGCCCGACAGCAUUUCCUCCAGUGACGUUUUUAGACUUCUGCUGCUUCAGGAGGAAAUGUGUUAAAGACUCUCUGCACCAGAGGACACCAGCUUACAGUCACUACAGUUUACACAUAAUCAGAUUAUUUAUGUCAGCUGUGAUUUUCUUCCAGACAGGAACUAUUAUCAUUAUUUUCACUCUGAUUUAACGUCAGGAAAAAGGUCUAAAAAAAACUAAGAAAGUCAUGAAAGGUUUCUCUGUGGUCAGAAACGUCCACACGUGUCAGGCUCAGACGAUCCAUCAGCUUCUCUUACCUCGAUUUAUCAAACACAAAUAAAAACCAGGCUGGUUUAAUUUAACUACAUAAUCAAACUCACUUUUAUUUACAGGUUUACAGAAACAUUUUAAUGGAUUGAAUAAUGAAAAAGAACUAAGUGUAAAUAUAUGAACUGAGCAGCUGGAGCUCAGCUUCCUGUUUUUCUACCACGACUCAGCCGAGCAGCGACUUCACUUUCAAAGGGUAAAUUAGAAAGUUUGAGCAGCUCAUGAGAAGCCUUGUUGGAUCUGCUCGCCUCUUUCCAGACGUGACGAGAGCAGAAACCAAACUAAAGCUCGCAUCUUUCCCAUUGGCUGCCCCUUUCAACGUGUUUUAACUGGUUUGGGGUUUGAUGGUGGACGAUCUUCAGGCAGCUCAGUUUACUAUGAAUGGAUUAUAUUCCCAUCACUUUAAUUCGCAUUAAUCAUAAUAGUUUUUAUUAUUAAGCCAUUAAAUGCAGAGCGUGGAAUAUGUAGAACAGGUCAGGGGAAGAUGUUUGGUCCUGGACCAAUCGUGUUUGAGUGUUCGACUGCACCCAUGAAUAUCUGUGUGGGGACAGAAAAUUUAUGUUUAUAGAUUCAUUAAUAAACAAGGGAGAGAGGAUGGAGCAGGAAGCCUGGUACGGGAACGACCCAGACGUUAUUCCUUGUUCCCAAACAGCAGCUGAUGGUGAUCAUGUGAUCGUCUGUGGGCUUAGUGUUUUCAUGUGUUUAUCUAGGUAAAAUCACCAGCUGUUUUUAACGUCAAGGACAGAUGUUUUCCUUUUUUUCAUUACUUAGUCAUUUAUCUGCUGAUUUUUUUUACUUUUAAAGCGUCUGGGAGAGUCGGAAAAAACAUCUCUCAGAUGUGACGAUGACGAUGGUGAACCUAGAAAACCAGAAACAAGAAAAGUUGAUGUCCUAAGAAUCUGUUUUGUUUCCAGGUUUUAGAUGAUAUGAAAUGUUAAACGAGUGAAAAAGCAAAGCUGUACAUUCGGUGUGAGGGACAAUAAAUUAAGGACAGGUUGCACACUGCAGUUCUGCAGCCUGGAGAUCGGGCAGGAGCUGAAACCGGUCCUCAGAUGUUUCCUCUGACGUUCAGGACUGUGAGGCCAGUUUGAUGCAGUCGUUUUACAGUCUGCUUCGUUUCCUCUGUAACGUGAGAGACGCUGCCAUUGGAGGAAAACUUGCAGCGAUAUGAUCUAUAAACAUAUUUAAAAAAAGGAAAGAAGCUCUGUGUUCUGCAAAGUUUCUUAAAUGUGAUUACUUCCUGUUUUUAUUGAUGUUGGUGUGUGUAACACACUCACGUCUGUAUUCGUGCUGAAAGAGGCCGUCGGGGUCCUCUCCUUCAGCUGAUGGUAAUUAAAUGAAAGUGUUCCAGCAUUCCUCCUCCUCCUGCCGUGCCUUCGACUGCAGCCUUUUACUGUGAAAAAGCACUUUGGAAAGUGUUAAACAUCAUCUGCCUGCAGAUGUUUGAUUCCCUGCUGUAAGCACUGUGUGCACUCUGUACAUAGACUGUAUGCACAGAGAUAAAUGAUGCUCAUGAACUGUUCUCUCUGUGAUAAAGACAGUAAACACUUGAAAACUU